UUUGUGAAUUUUUAUUAUGCUCUGAAAGCAUUGUUACCUUUAGUGCGUUGAAAUGGGGUCGUGUGUGGAAGAGAAGGAGUACAUCCCGAUAGACAUGAGUAUGCGAAACAUGUCAUCGAAACGCAAAUCGCCUCCGACGAAGCUGCACGAAGGAAGCGGAGCGAGCUCGGGCGAACCGGGCGCCCAUCAACAGCUGCAUCAGCAGCAUCAGCAGCAGCAGCAGCAGCAGGCGUGCAGCGGCAGCGAGGGCGACCUGGACGAGACGAGCAGCGCCAAUCUGAGCGACCUGGGCGAGGAGGACGGACACCACGCGGGGGGCGCCUUCUACAAGCUGUCGGAGUCGUCGUCGGCGGGCAGCGCCUCGCCCAGCGAGGUCGAAGAUCUGGACGAGGACCGGCUGCCGCCGAGCAAGGCGGCCCGCCUGGCCGAGCCGGUGUUCGUGUCGAGCAGCAUCCAGGCGCUGUCGCUGCACAACGAGCCGCCGGCCAGGCGGCGGAACUCGUCGGAGUGCGGCAGCCCGAAUUCGGAGGCGGCCAAGACGAACUGUUACAACAAUAACAAUAACAAUAGUUUAGUUAAUAACAAUAGUUCCUCGCAUCCGUCGUUGAAGCGGUCCAUGGACGAUGUGCUCAAGAGGUUGACGUCGAAGAUUAAUCACAGCACGCUGAGGGAGGAGAAGAGGCCGACGCCUUCGUCUACUCCCAAUUCUCUCAAUAACUCGGAUGUGGAACAGACUGCAGCGAUCCACCAAGCGCUCUCCGGCGACAAUAUCAUGGAAAAGGACCGGAAACUCUCCGAGCUGAUCUUCCAACUGCAAAUGGUGAGAGAACAACUGCUGGCGCAACAACAGGAACCCAACAAGACACCCAGCGCCAGCCAGCAACUGGUCAACGAAGCCCAACAGAAGCAACUCGAGCUGCAGCGCCUGCAGCAAGAGCAGCUCCUGCACCAGCAGCAGAAACUCCAAGAGCUCCAAAACCAAAUAACGACGCAGUAUGCGGCCGGUCCGCACCAGGGACUCAUGUUCCUGCCGCUCUUCGAGCAACUGCGAGGCCUGCAACCCUCAGUAUUACCGCCGGGAGUCCACAAACCCCCUAUGGGCAACCACAUGCUCCCGCCUCACCAAGUGACGAAUUGGCUGUCGGCGCAAGGGCACCUGCCCCAAAUGCAGGAGAAACGCUCGCCGCCGCCGCUGCCGACGCCGUCGCCGCCGGCGCCGCCGCCCCCCUCCGACCCCGACGCGCCUUUGAACCUCUCCAAGCCGAAAUCGUCGAGCUCGGGCUCGGCGCGAUCGAGCCCCCAGGGCACGCCGACGGCGCCGCCGCCCGUCGACCAGCCGGCGCAGGCGACGGCGCCCAAGAUGCUGCCGCCCGCCGCGCUCAUGUCGCGGUUCCUGCCGCCGUACGCCGGCCUGCCGCCGCAGUUCCCGAUGGGCGGCAAGGAGGCGGCCGGCCAGGACAAGCAGCAGGCCCAUUUCCCGCUGCACAUGUACAUGCCGCCGCCCCACCUGGGGGGCCCCAAGGAGGAGAGCAUCAAGGAGGAGAGGGAUUUCCUGCACCUGUGGAACGCGCCCGAUCCGAAUUUCAAACUGGAAGCGGACAAUUCCGAUAAGGCGAAAAUCAUCAGGCAACCGACGAAGCGGGAUAACGAGAACAAGCCCCACAUAAAGCGCCCCAUGAACGCGUUCAUGGUGUGGGCGAAGGACGAGAGGAGGAAGAUCCUUAAAGCCUGUCCGGACAUGCACAAUUCCAACAUAUCCAAGAUACUGGGCGCCCGAUGGAAAGCCAUGUCGAACGCCGAGAAACAGCCCUACUACGAAGAGCAGAGCAGGCUCUCCAAGCUCCACAUGGAGAAACACCCCGAUUAUAGGUACAGACCGAGGCCGAAGAGGACUUGCAUUGUCGAUGGUAAAAAGAUGCGAAUCUCCGAGUACAAGAUGCUGAUGAGGCAGCGACGCCAGGAGAUGAGGCAGCUGUGGUGCAGGGAUACGGGAGACAUGAACUUCGGGCUGCCGCCCAACCAGGAGAUGACCUCGCCGGCCACCUCCACCUCGGGCAGGCCCUCGGUCUCGCCCCCCAUGGGACUCAUGAACGGCGCAGGUCCGAGUUCUGAGGGGGGUUAUUACUACCCGCAGGAUGGGGCGUCGCCGGACGGGAUGGGGUUUUCGCACGACAGCAGCAUGGCUUACAGCUCGAGUCCGAGACGUGAUAACGACUGAGCCUGGCUGUGCGGGGAGAAGACAUUCCCUCGUUGGUACUGAUCCGGGCGCGGCGAUAGCUGGAAGGUGUUUGAUAAAGGGCCGGGAGGAGCCUUGUAAAAUUGUGUAAAUUUUUUCGUAACGACACGGGACUAUUCGUUUGUGCCAUUCGCGAGACGAAAGGAAAUAUACCAAAAGACUAUUCUUACUCGAUGAUUACAAAAAAAAUGGUGUUGUACUUGUAUUUGUUAUGUAGAUAUAUUUAAGAAUUUUUAAAGUUAUUUAUUUAUAUCUAGUUAUUUUUUUUUGUUUUUAUUUUGUAAAUUCGUGUAGAAUUUUAUUGAUAGUUUUUUUCGCAUUAUAUUUGCAUUGCCGGUGAGCUUUUUGUUGAUUUUCAAGUCUCGCUAGUUUUUGUUCUAUAUUAUUUAUGAAAUUACCCGUUUAUUUAAUUAAUAUUUUAAUCGUUUUUUGAGUUUUAUCAAAACCGAUUUUAUCCAAUUAUCUAAAUAGCUAGACUUCAAUUGUACACUAUUGUUAUUCGCAUUAAUUUUGAAAAUUUUUCUGGAAACUCGAAUAAUCAGUAUUGGUUUUAUCGAUGCAAAAACGAAAACUUCUAGUCUUCUGAUUAUGGCGAAAAUGUGUAAAAAACUUAGCUUUAUUAGAUUAAUAAAUUUCUAGUAGUAUUUUUUAAGGAAAUGGUACAAAGAAUUUUAAUAAUGAGACGACUAGAAAAUCGAAAUUUAAUCAAUUUUUUAACUAUAACUAAAUCGUUUCACCGCCGGAUGGAAAUUCAAAUAAAAUCAGUUUUUUUUUUAGAAAUUCGAGUGGAUCGAACGAUUUUCCAUGGCGAUAUUAGAAAAGUGCAAUGUAAAACUAUUUUUUUUUGUUUUCCAAACUGUUGAUGUUUAUAUAUUUUAAUGUAAGAGCCAGUACGUUAAGGGACAUUAUUUAUUUUCAACAGUUUUUUCGCUAGAAAUAUGUACAGUCAAACUCAUCGUAGAAAUCAUAAGAAUAUUUCCAACGUUGAAUUCCGCAAUUAUUCUUCAAAAUUUUAUUCGAAGGUUUUUCUUCAAAUUUGCAAAUAUUUUAUUGUUUUCUACGAGUGUAAUUAGGUAUAUACACAUGUUAUGUACUUAGGUAUAUCAAGAAAGUUAUUUAGGUAUCGAAAUAUAUACAGUCGAAUUUGCUAUUUAUUUUUUUCUUUUCGAAAAAUAGUGAAAAAUAUUUUUCAUAUUUACAGGAAAUACUUGUUAACUUUUCUAUCGAGUUUGUUUAAAUUUUUUUCGAAAAUUUAUGAAAAUUAAAAAAUGUAUUAAUUUAUUCUCAAAUAGGUAAUUUGAAAUUAGCAGCUUCUUAAUUACUCUUUCCUAAAGUUUUUUAUUUCAAAUUCAUAGAGGAAUUUUCAAAAAAAUAUAAACUAACUCGAGUUUUCAUUGUACUUAAGUAACUCAUUGAAUGAGUGAAAAUUCGCGAAAAACUACUACUUAUUAUACUUUGUGAUACCUACUUCUAUUAGUUUUUUGUUCCAAAAAAAAUAAUCUUUUUUAAACCGAAGAAAAUUGUAGAUAUAUACAUACAUUUCCGGUGAAAAACAUGUAAAAACGUGAUUACUCUAUUUUCCGAAAAACAGUGAAACUUUUCGUCUUUGCUCGAAUAGAGGAUUGUAAUGAAUUUAUUAAUAAUUGUGCCAAAAAUAUAAUAGUAUGGCAAUUUUUUUUAUAAUUUUAACAAUAAAAAAAAUUACAUUUGUAUUUUUAAAAUUCAGUUUGUACCGAAAGCAAUUUUCAAAAUUCUAAACUCGAUUAGGUGCAUCCUGCGUACAUUUAAAUUUACAAAUUAUUUAUUAAAUUAUUUCGAAAAAUAUUUUUAUUAUUUUUUAUAUCUCCCGCCGUACUUUAAUUGUAAUCCAAUAAAUUUCUAUUAUUUUUUAUACGCGAGAAUUUUUGUGACAAAAAAAUGAGACGUUCUCUAUAUUAAUUAUUCCAUAAUAUUUUAGACGGCUAGUGAUGAAUGUAUGUAAAACCCAAUUAUCAAUGUAAAAGUUAAUGUUAAGAAUAUACCCGAAAAAAGGCCACAUCUCAAAUACGUUAUUACUAUUUAUUAGAAGCUAGGCUCAUUGUUCUUUCCUGUGCCAAAUUAAAAUAAAGUACACAAAAUGUAA